UGCAUACCUGUCCUGGCUUGUCAAAGCCAAGAUAAGCAGCGUUGGCGUAAUGGGAUAUAAAGAAGAUUGCUAUUCAGAUUUGAGGAGUAAAAGAAAUCUCUCCGAAGCAAACGGAUCACAUCGUGGGACACAAAGCUACGUGUAUAUUUAUUCAAAGCAAACUACCAGAAUCGCGUUAGGCGACUCGACGGGCAAACACUUUUAAUAGAUGAGAAAUAAACCGUUUUUCGAGAGGCGCUUGGAUCAGAACAGUGACAUGAAAAAAUACAAAUUGGAUGUUGCAGUUCUGGGAGAUGCUGCUGUAGGUAAAAGUGCAAUUUUGCAAAAAUGGUUAAAAGACGAAUUUUCAGAGGCUUACAGACCAACAGUCAGUGAUAUGUAUGAAAACAGAACAAGAAGAAGAAAAAGCCUUUGGGACACUUCUGAACUGGACUUGAAAAUAUAUGACACGUGUGGGUCAAUGGACUUCCCCGCAAUGCAUCGCGUGACGAUAUCAAGUGCUGAUGCGUUUUUAAUCGUGUACUCAGUAGAUUCUGAAAAGUCUUUCGAGUGUGCACAUAGACUAGUAAAUGAGGUGUGUCAAAUCAAGGAUGGCGAGCGAAUUCCGAUCGUGAUUGUUGGAAACAAAGCUGAUAAAGUGGAAGACAGGAAAGUUUCAUUCGAAAAAGGACUUCAAUUGGCUGUUGAAGCAAAAGCCCCUUUCAUGGAGGUUUCAGCAAAAACUGGUUUAAAUGUUGAAGAUGCGUUUUACACCUUGUGGAAACGGUUUGACAAUUUAGCAUUUCUGAACAGUCCCGAUUUUAACAGUGGAAGGAAGAUGGGGGAACCGAAAACGUUCUUUGGCUUUAAAGUUGGAAACAAAAAUACAAACAAUGGACAUAUCUGCGGUAAUUCACGAGGUAGAAGUACGAGCUCUUUAUUGUAA